GGGGAGCUGAAAAUCUCAUCAUUUCUGAACAGACCAUUAAUAUGCUGUGUUUGCAAAGCUUCCAAGAAGGAUUGGAGGAUUGAGCCAUGGGAAACAAAAGUAAUUGGGAUGUGGAGCCCAAUGGGACUGUGAUUGUGCCAGAGAUAAAGGAAAAAACAGAGAAGGAGAAGGAUGGGCUACAAGAAAGAGGUCAAUGGACCAACAAAGUGGAGUUUGUGCUUUCUGUGGCUGGAGAGAUCAUUGGUCUGGGAAACGUUUGGCGAUUUCCUUAUCUCUGCUACAAGAAUGGAGGCGGUGCCUUCUUAAUUCCAUAUUCCAUCUUUCUCUUUACCUGUGGAAUUCCAGUCUUCCUCUUGGAGACAGCUUUGGGGCAAUACACUAGUCAAGGAGGGAUUACUGCCUGGAGAAAGAUCUGCCCUAUCUUUGAAGGAAUUGGAUAUGCUUCACAAGUGAUUGAAUCUUAUCUGAAUAUUUAUUACAUUGUCAUUCUGGCUUGGGCCCUGUUUUACCUCUUUAACUCCUUCUCAGCUGUAUUACCCUGGGCCAAUUGCAAUAAUGACUGGAAUUCAGAAUACUGUGUGGACUUUCUGAAUGUCUCCGAUCCUGGGAAUAAUACUAAUGCCACCUCUCCAGUUAUCGAGUUCUGGGAGAGGCGAACACUGAAAAUAACAGACGGUAUUCACAAUCUGGGCACUGUGCGCUGGGAGUUGGCUCUCUGCCUCUUGCUGGCCUGGAUCAUCUGCUAUUUCUGCAUCUGGAAAGGAGUCAAGUCCACUGGCAAAGUAGUCUACUUCACUGCCACUUUCCCUUAUCUAAUGUUGAUCGUGCUGCUGAUUCGAGGAGUCACUCUCCCUGGGGCUUUAGAUGGAAUUAUAUUCUACUUAAACCCAGACAUUUCCAGACUGGCGGAUCCUCAGGUAUGGAUGGAUGCAGGUACUCAGAUCUUCUUUUCGUAUGCGAUCUGCCAAGGAUGCUUGACAGCUCUUGGCAGCUACAACAAAUACAACAACAAUUGUUACAGGGAUUCCUUUAUGCUCUGUUUCCUGAACAGUGCUACAAGCUUUGUGGCUGGCUUUGCCAUCUUCUCUGUAUUGGGUUUCAUGGCACAGGAACAAGGUAUCCACAUUUCAAAAGUAGCUGAAUCAGGUCCUGGCCUAGCAUUCAUUGCUUACCCCAAAGCAGUAACCAUGAUGCCUAUAUCUCAGCUGUGGUCCUGUUUGUUCUUCCUUAUGCUGAUCUUCUUGGGGCUGGACAGUCAGUUUGUCUGUGUCGAGAGCUUAGUGACUGCCAUUGUUGACUUGUUCCCGGAAAUCUUCCGUAAGAAAGGACGUAGGGAGCUGCUGAUCCUUGGCAUUGCUGUGAUCUGCUAUCUGAUUGGCUUGCUGCUCGUCACGGAGGGUGGAAUGUACAUCUUCCAGUUGUUUGAUUAUUAUGCAGCCAGUGGCACAUGCCUUCUCUUCCUUGCCAUCUUUGAAGUUAUCUGCAUUGCGUGGGUUUAUGGAGCUGAUCGUUUUUAUGACAAUAUUGAGGAUAUGAUUGGCUACCUACCCUGGCCUCUGAUUAAAUACUGCUGGCUCUAUCUCACACCUGGUAUUUGUCUGGCGACCUUCCUGUUUUCGCUCAUUAGAUACCAACCACUCAAAUACAACGUCAUAUAUGAAUAUCCUCCAUGGGGGAUCGCUGUGGGUUGGUUGUUGGCAUUGUCCUCUAUGAUCUGCAUACCAGCCCAUAUUAUAUUCAUCCUCCUGAAAACCAAAGGAUCUUUAAAAGAGCGAUUAUGCCAGCUCACUGCUCCAUCAGAAGACUUGCCCCAGCCAAAGAAGCAUCUGAUUGGCAGUUCUGGAUGGGAAUGCUCUGAACUGGGAUCCCAGCAGCCAGUCAAGGAAGUGGUUGUCAUGACGGAGAAGGAAACCAACUUCUAGAGCUUGUUUACAUUCUGGAAGGGUCUCUUCAUAUUUCUGGAGACUUCUGCUUAUAUCCAGGCUGAGUUUCCCCUGAGGUCUUCCUUACUCUCUUAAGAUGUUAGCAACUUCUUUUUGUACUUGCUAACAACUGAUUCCAGGAUGGAACAGGACCAACAAUUGCUUUUCCAUCAGUACAAGAGCAGCUGUGAAAUUGUCAGGGUGAGGAUCAUAGCUCAGGAUCUCCAUGAAACCCUUUCCACUGACCGUGUUGGAGAACGAACUUGUUGCUUUGUGAAUGCUGCACGUACACUCUAUCAUUGAACUGUAUCGUGUUCUGUUUGUAAGAGUUAAGUAGUCAGCAUGAUAAGGUUGCCUGAAAACCAUCCGUUGAAGCUGGCCAACCUAGGCAUCGUUCAUUUUUUAAAACAUUCUUCCACUGCUACCUCCACUCUUUGUUGCAAUGUUACGAAUUCUGUGAAAACCCUAAUCCAAGAAGCUCUUAGAUUAUGAAAGCUAAUUCAUUUUAGCCAAAAGCGUACUCUGUAACAGCAGGAUGAAUGCCUCUUGGACAAGUUUGAUGGAUUACUUUUUUCUGUUGUUCUCAACAGUUUACAUAAAUCUGCUAAAGUGAGGGCUUCUUUCAACAAAUAUCACACCAAUCUGUUUGGACUUUCUAAAUUAAAAUUGAUUGAACAGCCUCUCCCGCUUCAUGACAGCCCAGAGGAGGGAAAGAUGGCAAAUUAGAAGCAAAAUAAUUUUGUGAGAUCCUUCCUUCACACUCUCUCCCUUCUCUCUUGGAGAAAAGACUGGCACUGAAAGGCUGACAGUCUUUCAGUUUGAAUAUACCUCAUCUGACAGUGCUCCACAUGAACAUCCUUGAGUUGUUGGAAAACUAGAAAAAAAAAUGUGAAUUGAGUGGGAACUGCUGUAAAAUGAAAUGCCAAAAUUACCUUAGUGUGUGUUGGAUAUGCAUUGGAAAUAACAAACUUGAGAAUGACCCACUCCUGGACACUACCUUAGCACAGUGAUGCAAAAACUUGCAUAUGAUUUAUAACACAAAAGUAAGAAUAAGAAAUGAAAUUUACAAUCAGCCAGAAGAGCAAGAGUUGUGCAGAGCGGGCUGGUUUGUCUGCCUUUGUUUCUUGUAUGACUGCUCUAUUUUUUUAAAAGACAGUUUAAUAUGCUCUGAUGCAGUAUGAAUGUCCUCAGAAUUUCUCCCAUGGCACUUAGUAUUCUUACAAAGUGACAGAAUACUUUGUUUCUCUUACAAGAUCAUCAGACCUGAGGCUUCCUGAACAGUUCUUUGCAUCUGUAUUCGGAAAUGUCCUGUGUCCCAAGCAAUGCACAGUUUCCAAGAAACUCUAUAUACCAGUGUUUCUCAACCUUGGCCAUUUUAAGAUGUGUGGACUUCAACUCCCAGAAUUCCCCAGUCAGCAUGUCAACUGAAGUCCACACAUCUUAAAGUUGCCAAGAUUGAGAAACACUGGUAUAUACAACUCAAGUCAUUGUCCCUUGCUGUAAUAGUGCUUGUGAAUUUGACUUUUCAACAAAGAUGUCUGCGGAGAGUAUUAAAAAAAAGUCGAGAUGAUGACCAUAGUUACAUAAUUGAAGCCUUGCCCACUUUUCCCAUGUGUUGCCCAAGUGAUGCAUGCAAAAAAGGGGUGGGGUUUCAUGAGUGUGUUUGUGGUCACCAUUUUGACUUUUUCAAACUUUCCCACUGAUACCCCUACUUUCAGCUUAGCUUUAAAUAAUAUAUCCCAAUAGCAGGGAAUUUUAUAUGAAGUUACCAGUUUGCAUGGUGCUAUUUCAGAUUGCAGAGGAACAAGGGAAAGAUGCAGUAGGCUGCUUUUAGAUUUAUUUGAGAUGAAGAUAAAAUUUUAUCUUCACUUAUCUGAGAGCAAGUAAGUAGUACUUGAAAGUAAGAAAAUCAAGGCAUUUUAAUAUUGUUUGCUUUUUAUCACAUGUAAUAACUCAAUAAGUUUCUGAAGAAUAAUUAGAUGGGGCAGUUCAUGUUCUUCCCAGUCCACAUUUUCCCCAAGAGUUUCCAGCCUGGGAAAAUGUGAUAUCUUUAUCACAUUUCCCUGUGUCCAGUGCAACUUCUCCUUGCCUUAGCUUCCUCCUUCCCCAGCUAGAUGUGUAGGGACUACUGGAAGUCAAGAUUGAUUAACUGGAGGAGGUGAGAUAGACAAAAGGGUUGAAUGGGUGGUCAUAGGAAUGGGAUAAAAGAAACCUCACCUGCCCAUCAGUUGGUUGUUUCCACUGAGCUAUUUUGCAUGUUUAGUGAGAUGUAGAUAGAGCUAAAUGAACAUAUUAAGAUCACAGAUGUCGCAUGGCUAUGCUCGUAAUCCUGAGCUAUCAAAUUCAUCAACCAAAAAGAGAAAAUUUCAGUGGGACCAUUAACCUAUUCAGGCAAUGGGGAUCUCUGGGUAGGAGAUGAAGGAGAAAGUGGGACUAUAUGAAACCAAACUAAUCUCCUUUAUCUAUGAUCCAUGUGCUUAGUAAACUAUGUGCUUAGUUUACUUGGAGGAAGGAAAGGGAUUUCAAUAUGUGUAGGUGCUUGGUGACUUUAUGACUGUGAUAAAGUCAUUCAUUCAUUCAUUCAUUCAUUCAUUCAUUCAUUCAUUCAUUCAUUCAUUCAUUUGAUAGGAAUUCUACAGCUGGGAUGGGAACUCUGUCCCAUCAGCAUUCCCUUCACAGAAGUCUUCCAUGUAGAAGGUUCCUCCCUUCUAACCAAAUUGAUAUGUUUUGGUUUCUUCCAAUUUCUAAUUUUUCUGGAUGUAAUACUACAUUGUGUUUCUGGUCAUUUUUAAAAAAUUCCAUGAAAAUGCAUAAACAUUUUGUAUUCUAAUGUAUGCAUUUUACAAAUGUUGUCUAAUAUGCACACAUUUUAGCAAGAACAUUUCCCUAUAAGUAUAUUUUCCAUGCACUUCCACCAAGAUACACAUUUCUGCAUGCACUGUAUUUGCUAUUGCAUUUUCUAUGCUUUUUUUUUUUUUUUUAACAGAACUGCAUUGUAACAUUUGGAAAACUGCAAACGCCAAAGGGUAGCUGUUUCGUUCUGUGUAUUGGCUGGAAAUAAAAAAUGGAUAUGUCUGUAUGAAAAUAUGAACUAAGCACAUAUCAUAUAUCUAUUAUAUCUCUAACUUGUACAUUCCUAAUUGUCCACCAUGAAGCAAAAUCACAGAAAGCACGCUUGUCUUCGGCAUCUUCAUGCAAAUAAGAUGAUCUUUGCAAAGUUGCCAAUUUACUAAUUUGCUUUUUAUUAUCCCUACUUCUGGCCUUCCACUGCAGUCUGACCUGCAGAUAUUAAGCAUCUGAAUGGUUUCUCUUCCAGUUGGUCCAAUUCUGGAAGUCAAUCAAAUUUCCAUUUGUAACUAUUUUCCAAGCCAUUCCAAUUGGUCAGUUUACCGCACCCACACACACAACCUCUGUACAAUUGGUGACACUCACUUCAGUAUGUAUGCCUCUCAUCUGUUAGCAGUGGCUCUGUACUUAAAUGAGAGAUGAUGACAAAUUGAGAAAUUUCUCCAAAGUUUGCUACAUGGAAACAAUGUUAGCUCCAUCCAUAUUGAGCUAUUUUUCAUGGGCACACAUCUAUGUAUACACGAUAAUCCUUUGUACAUAAGAUACAGUCAAUAAACCCAUUUCCUUAUGAAGGCAAUGGUUUUAAAAAAAUUUGGUUUGGGUUUCUUUGGAGAUCAGAAACCUGUGAUCUAUGGCUAAGAAAAAAAUGUGGUCAGUGUGGUAAUUAAUUAGUAGCUGACAGCACUGAAACUUUUGAGCCAUAAACUCAGAUACUGACCGUGCUUCAUUUUCAGAACUUGAGAACCUUUGGCUCACACAUAGAUCACAGAAGGUCAGGUGAAAUCCAAUAGCUGAUUUGUUGCCUGAUCAAACUUGGUCACUUUGCUAUGAUUUGUUGCAAGCAGCUAACAUUAUUGAUAGAGCAGAUCUAUAAUUGGUCUUUCAACCUCUGUACAGAUGCUGGUAUAGCCAGAGACGGGCUAAUAAAUUUUUAAAGGAGGGUGUUCUGCUUUGACUAGAAAUAAACUAGAGGUACAUGCUCCUGUGCCAUUAUUAUCAUCAACCUGAUGUGCUAAAGCUUAGAUAAAUAAUGCUUUGCCAAUCGGUGCCAAGUGCACUGAUACUAAGGACAUAAAUGUAAGUUAUGAGAAAUAUUUUAGUGCCUGUAUCCUGUUCAAAGCAUGGAAGUAGUGCUAAUCAUAAAAAUCUGAAAUUUCACGUAACAAAUAAAGGCCAAAACCUGUAUGUAUGACAAGUCACAAAACAUGUAUUUUGUGGAGUGGGUGGGGGAGACUGAUGAAAAUGCUUUUCACUGCCCAGCAUUGUUGCAAACAGAGAACUAGGCUGUAUCUCUCAAUCAUGUUUAUUUUCUAAGAAUGCUGAGGUAGA